AGGGUUUGCAUUGGAAGUUUGAAUCGUAAGCUCAUCCGACGUGGACGCGACGGUUAGUGCGCUCCGCGGUAUUACACGCGAAAGACAGAAAAAUCACAACCACAACGCAACGCAUCAUUCAGCUGCACCGUGUCGGGGCAGAUGCAGAGAGACACACACACACACGCUGGUUAGAGCAUUUUCCAUCCCACCAACGCAACACCGUACCGAAAAGAACAAACGCAGGUUUUGGCGUGAAUAGUCGUUUAAAUCUCCCGUGUGUGUCAAGUGAUGUGAACGAUCACUCUGUCGCGAGUAAGUGAGUGAGUGUUGGUGAUACGAUUGUGAGGAAAAACGGCUGCACACAGAAUCGACCCCCCCAUUCGGCGGGUUUUUCUUGCGGUGGAUUCGAUCGAAGGGAAACUUUUCGCCCUCAGGUUGAAAAGUCAUCCCAGGUGUGGUGCCCGUUGUGUUGCGUUGAUCGGGUCACACACCAAUACUACCGCCAAGCGAUCGUUCGGAAGCUCGCUGUGGAAAACAACGAAAGAGGAGCAAAACGGGUGGAUAGCACAAUAACGAGAGAGGAGGAAGAAGAAAAGAAAAACAAACGCCCAACAAAGCGAAAGAAAAAGCUCCCCCGUGAUCAUUCUGACGGAACGGGCUGCCCGUGUUUUGAGUGUAUGUGUUUGUGUGUGUGUGGGUAAGCAAAGGUGUGUACGAUUGAGCUGUCAGUGGUAAAGAGAACAACCCAAGACGACUCAAGCAAAGUGAAGCCAACGCACAAUCUUGGCGUCGUGCAAGAAUCGAAAGGAAAAGAAAGGAACGGAAGUGUUUGUCGCUUGACUUACCGCUCCAGGGCUGCAGUCAGCUCUUCGUGUUGCGUCGUUGCGAUCGUUGGUGCAGGUGUAUCAGCACAAAAACACACACAAACGUGCGCGCGCGCCUGUUCAACGCAGUCGCGCACUAACACACUUGCACAUCAGCACCCGUACGCAACAGUUGCCUCCGGAGGAACGCGGCAGGAAUUUAAAGUACUCGGACCAGCGCGGUGGGCUAGAUUGACCGCGUACCAGAAGAUCCCAGAACCCAGAACCGGAAGUCGAAGGUGCGCAAAGCCGGAACCGAAAUCAAACCACACAUACCUGUCGUGUGUGAUGGUGCAGCCACUGCUACACUCAACUGUGUUUUCGUAGCUGGACUUCGUGUUGAUCCUACUGAAGGCGCUGGCUUACCUUUGCGUUUUUCAUCUCCCCAGGCCCCGCUUUACGCAUCCUCCUGCCCUGCAUCUUCCCUCACAUCGCACGCGUUAGUGCACACAAGUUUUGGUUUACACACAGUGCACACUGCACACACGUACCCUUCCGAAAUCUCCAAGGAACGGGUAAAAAAACCAGCAUUUCGAUAACAAUUUUGAAUUUUCUUCGCGCAUCUGUCGAAGAACCAAUUUCAAGAUUGGUACACAUUUUAAAAACGCACCCUACACCGCGAAACUCGGUUCCACUUUCUCGUUCUUUUUCGUUGGAAGUUCGUUUCCCAUCAAGAAAAAGGGCCUCUUUUGUGAGUGUGAGUGACAGAGAGAGAGAGAUAGGCAAACACCAAAACAAAAACAACCUGCACCGCACACACCGGCUGGUUCGUGUUGUGUGACAGUUCUAGAAGUGACAAGUGAAGAAAACGCCAGACGAAAGUAGGCUGUGCUGUGUAGCAUACGCUUUCCGUGAGCAAAAGGUGUUGAAUUUGUGAUUGGAAAAGUGAAAGAAAAAAAGGACACAGUUCUGCAACGAUCGGGUAUGAUCUACGGUGCGGCGUGUUGUUUUGUGAUGCUCCAACAAGUGAAGUGGUGUUGAAAGAAGUUCCAGAAUCAUAACGACCGAUCAUCACCCCCAACAAACUAACAGCAGCAGCAGAGGCAGUAGCAGUAAUUACAACAGAACCCUAAAGCACAGAACAUAGCAGAACACCAACCAGAGUGUCCGCGAAUUCCAAGACAUUGAAGGAGUAUCUAAGCGAUCCUCGGCUACACCUACACCACGCAUGUGUGUUGUGCAUGAAACGCACUCACGAUCAUCAUCGCACAUCCACCAUAUAUACGCGUGAACAACGUGCACGGUUCGGUGCAGUGGCGUGUAAUUAACGGCAUUCAGCGGCCCUUCUGACGGGACCGAUUCCUGCACCGCGGCACCCCUUGGGCUCUUGGAGACGCUCGUGAUCGUACGCUCGAACGAAGCGUCCGUAAACCAUCGAAACGAACAAAAAGCCGAAGAAAAACGGCCCGCCGACGCCACCGAUUAGCUAAUACCAGAACGCAAGGAUCGCAAAAAAGGAAAAUCAGCUCUGACGCGACGCGCAUUACGCUCCUGCUGUAUGCGUGCAUCCCUUCCACCGCAAACCGCAGUUGCAUCAUCGAGCACGGUGCCCAGUACCACUACCAGCACCGGGCAGAUAUCACCGUCCGUAGUAGCCGCACACGAGUGCCGACGCAUCGAUCCGUUCGAGUGCGCAUAUUGGGAGGGAAAUCUUGAGGCACUCGUUCCGCGAGAACUUGGCGCAAUCGAGUUCAAGGCACCUGCUCGGACAGGGCGCCACUAGUGCAGCGCUGAAGUCAACGAACGCCCGUGCAGGCAAAGAAUCGAACCGAACGAACGUCCGAGGGCUUCUAGUUUCUAACGACAACUAGCGCGCGCGCUAACAACAACAGCGGGCGCGAUUUCUCCAGUGUUCGAUCGAUCGUGGAUCGAUUGAGAUCGAUACUGCAAGCAGGCUUCCUUCCGUUUGGUUGUCACCAGUGUUACGAAACUGCAAAAACCGGAGUGUGUCCAUCGAGAGAGUUAUUUUGGAGUACAAAUUCGUUCGCUUGUGAGGUGUACCUUGUGUAGCGAAGUGUCUGGAAGCCUCAUUGUAACGAGCAGAAGUGCGCCAUUUUGUAGUGUUUAUCUCGCUCAAGUAUCCUAAAAAAACGAGUGCUUAGAAAUCACUCGUAGUGUCUCCGUGAGGUUCGAGUUCUCUUUGUUUUAGCUUUAAUGUUUAUGCCCGUCGAUCGAAAAGCUCACCACCAUCUUGCCAGCUUCGAGCGCGUUUUCCGACGCAGCGCGUUGAACAUGUAGUCUGAAGAGUUUACACCACAACUGCAAAAAACGGCAACUUUUGUUGCGAAGUGUUGUUUAGAAAUUUACCGCUGGGCUACUGUGCAACUUAUACCCUGGCCCUGGGCUGAAGCCUGAAGUAGUGAGUGUUUCGGUGCUGUUGCUUUGUUCGAGUGCUAGUGGUUGGAAGGUAGAGUAAACAUGGCGGCGAAUCGCAAGCACUACUCCUCCAAAGAGGACAUCCCCAAAGAAGGUGACGAAGGUGGUGGCAAUGACGAGGGAGGCGGUGGCGGUAGAAGUGGUCCACCGGCCGGACCCCAGAACAGGCACGGCAAGGAUGAGGUAGACUAUGUGCUGACAUCUUCAAAAGCGAACGGAACGUCGGUGACCAGUGGGAAAAAAGGACAGGAAGAAUCGGGUACAAAGACGGGCGUUACGCUUGACAAGUUCAACAUAUUCCACCUACGCCGAAGACCAAAAAGUGACCCCGGUACGGGACCGAUUGCAAAGCACGCGGCCGGACAGCAGUUGGCAACGCAGCAAACGGCAAACGGUGCCGGACCACCAACCGGAGCCGAUGAAGCGCUGAAGAAGAAAAAGUCCCGCUUCGUGAAGAGUGCUUCGAUAGCGCGUAUCUUCGGCAAUACCUACAAUACCAAAAAGUAUGAUGAUAGCAGCGCACUGCUAAAGUUGCAGCAGUUUAAGCGUAGCUUCCUGAACAGUGAAAAGUUCCACAAGAAGGACAGUGGGGCCGGUGCGGCUGAGGAAGCGGAGGACGGUGAGCUGCAGAUUGGUGACUCGUGCUACGUGAACGAUAGCGAGAACAGUGCAAAGGCGAUCAAGUCGAUCACGCGCGGGCUGGGCCGGUUGCUGCGACGAAACUGUCACAGUAUCGACAUUAGCCGGCCGGAUCCGGAGUACAAGGUGUCUUACCUCGGCAACGUUCUUACUGGAUGGGCGAAAGGUGACGGAUGUGUGGAGAAACCCCUGGCUACACUGUGGCGCAACUACACGCAAAACAGUAAACCGGACGUGAUGAUGAAGCUGUGCCUGUGCCCGUCCGGGUUGAAGGCGACCACCCGGCAGCACGGCCUUACCGAGUACUGGUCGCACCGGAUCACCUACUGCAGCUCGCCAAAGAACUAUCCGCGGGUGUUCUGCUGGAUUUACCGGCAUGAAGGCCGCAAGCUGAAGCACGAGUUCCGCUGUCACGCGGUCAUCUGUUCCAAAGAAACGAUCGCCCAGGAGAUCAGCACCAUCCUGAAGGAAAACCUAGCCAAAGCCUUGCGUGAGUUUAAACGCGACAAACUAAACCGCCAGAAUGCGCGCCUCAGCCUGGCGAACAGUGUGUACGACAAUCCGAGCAUGCCGCGACGCAAGAUCAUGCUGAGCGUCGGUGCCAACAACUAUCGGCCACCGCUCGAACGCUCCAAAUCGGCACCGAAGCUGAUGGCGAUCGAGGAGAUGAUUGGCGAGGAGGAUGAGGAAGAGAACGACGCACAGGAGGGAGAGGGAGCGAUGGGUGCGCGCCCCUCCAAAGCUGGAUCCGGUGGUAGUGCGGCGUUGGAAGCGUGCUGCCGCGAGGAUGCUCUCUUCCCAUCAACCACACUCGGACGUCGGCGUUGUCGGCGGGGACAUUCGAUACGUCGAUCACGGUUGCGGAACUCGUUCAAGUCACCAAAAGAUGUGGAGGCACGAGUGCCGCUCAAGAACGAGAACAUCGUGCACAUCAGCCCGAUGAACAAAUCGGUCGACUCGAUCCUGGACACCAUCAGUCAGGAGGACGGUGAGGAGGGCGAGGAUGAUUUGGAGAGGGAAAACGGUGAAGCGGGACAGCCGGAGUCCGGCAUGGAACAGCCGGAAACGAUGUCCAGUUCCAAGCUGGGGAAAUCUUCCAAACUAUCCCACAACUCUGACUCGUCGGAGGAUGACUUUGAAACGUUCCUGGCGCACUACAACUACAACUCGAGCGAACCGCUCUCGACCGAACUGAUCUCGUACUUUGACAUGAAGCUUAACCCGACCACCGUUUGCAGCAUGCACGAUCUGAGCCAGCACCAUGGCAGCUUACCGGUAAUGCUGGAGGACUCCCAGCGAUUAGCGCUCAGCCUGGACGACUUGGACCAUUACUCGCUUCCGGGCGUUGUAGGCGAACCGGACGCACCGGAGGUACGGACUCGGGAGCUUAAAGACCCACGAGAGGAAGAGCUGGACCGGGAUGAGGUUUUCUUCAACCAGGACGAGGUGCUGGAAAUGCUUCGUACGGCUGCAGAAUCGGCCGCGUCCGCUUCCGUUUCCCACCGCCGGCUUUCCGACGACCGGCUGCGGCACUCCGGCUGUCUACACACGGAAGACGACACGGCACCACCUUCGUUGCUGUGUGUGGCGAGCAAGUUGCAGGCGGCCGGCGGUGCCACACAUCCCGACAGUGACGAAGGUUCCAUAUCGAGUGGAUGCGAAACCUCCAGCACGGUAACGACCAACACGGACGAUUCGGGUGCAAGCGGUAAUGUGUCCAUUACGGGGCGUACGGCGGCUGUCGCCGCCCUGCACAAGCCAGGUUCGGUGCUGGAGCGAGUUCGUAGCUUUGAACAGUUGGCCGAAAAUCAAGUGAUUCACGUACCGCUCGGUGAACGUACCGGUCACCAGGUGGCUCAAGAUGUGGGCAACAUCACCUCCUCGCCGGAAUUGAUCUUCAAGCGCAGCAUCACCUUCCCAGCACCCGGCGUCAAGUCGAGCUUUCUUAUGCCGAUGACGAUGAGCAGCAGUGCGGCCGGAGGAACUGAGCCGAUUGACUCUCCGAUGGACUCGCUCAACGGUUCACUCGUCGAAGCGCGAAGGGUCGACGAACCGCACCACCAGACCACUAAACCGAAGGUGCGCCAAAUGCGCCUCAAGUCAACGGUGGCCGCAGUCAACACCGAGCUGAUCAACCAUCUGCAGGCAAUCGAUUCGGACUCCGAGUUUAGCGACGAGUCCGGUUACGUCGAGUUCCAGGACAAUCAACCGUCGAUAAAGUCGGUCACGGCUUGAUGUCGGGCGCCAAAGGAAGAUGAUAUUGGCUAGGGUUCUUACAGGUGUAGAUUCUUACCGGUUGGUUCUGUGUGCAGGUAGUCUUGUAGUACUUCCGGAGAAAGAUUAGUAUUUUCACAUCCACAUUUUCUUAGGCUAGGCUUAUGUGGCUAUUGUUACGAGUUACGAGUUACACUUAUUUAAUGUUCUGGAUGCAGAUGCGAUCCUCGUGUGAGAGGGUGGACGGUUGAGAACAAGCAAGUAGUGCAGUGAAGUUAGAAUUACCGUUUAGUUUUCAUGCUUGUAACUCUACACCUUUGCUGCAUUGUUGUACAGUGUGGCGAAGCCGAGUGGUUCCAUACAAGGACUCGAAGGGUAGUCAAGCAGGGUGAUGGAAGAAAAUCCGCCAGGGAUAUUAGGGCUUCUCCUCCUCCUUCCACGCAACCGUGUGCUGCUGCUUCGUUGUUACAGAUUUAGCUUUACUUCUACAGAUUACGAUAAGCCUCUAGCCUCUAAGCAGCUGUAUUUCGAACGUCAAAUGUAGCUCAAGGCACACUUUCGUGACGCUAGAACCCAAACCAGCAGACCGACGAUGGCACGAUCCAAUCAGAUACCAAAUAAAUUAUUUUAUAAUCAUUGUCCAUAGAUACAGACAGCAAGCUACGCUUAAUCAUAACGUGCACUAGAUAGAUAUUAUUUGUUAGUGUCCUCCACAUACUAACAGCUAAACGAACGAUGAAUCUACAAUUCCGGAUGAUAUUAACAUUCACCAUCUCUCUCUCUCUCACUUUCACGAGUCGGCCGAAUCGCUUUAGCAAACUACCGUAAAACAAUCUGCACGUACGCAAAUGGUCAACUCCUCCAACCACGCCUCUGUUCACUCCCACCAGAAGAGGAUUUUUUUUACUGGUUUUUACUGUCGCACCCUUAGGGAUACAUAGAGUGUAGACUAUGCAGUCUCUGCUACGUGUGCGAUGGCACGCCGAAGAAGCUGGGAAGGCUUCCGCCGCACGGCUAAUGCAUAGAAAUUGCGCGCAUUAUGGGAACAUGGGAUCACAAACGAUAACACAUAGUUAACCGUGGGAGCAAAGAUAAGGUAAUAGACGUAAACGAUAAUCUGAAUUUAGGCAGGGCGAAUGGAAUGUAGAACACUGUACAGAAAGGGGGGGUUGAAAUGCUAGUGGAAAUGAUACAUUGGAAGCUGGAAAACCAAGACAUUAGACUCUAUACAUUAAGCCAGUGGAAUUGUUGUUUUUGUCACCUACUCUCUACUCUACCGGAGAUCAUGUUUAAGGAUCUGGGCAGGGAACGAGUAUAUUUAUUGACUACCCACGUUCGGAAAUGUUAUUCUUCCUUGUAUUUGUCACAAGUUUCUAUGAAAAAUAAAACAUUAAAUUGAAA